CAAAAAAUAAGAAAGAAAAGUGGAGCCGUUGGUCUUAUCUCUUUAUUUAUCCAGACUCCAGAGUGUUGUGUUUAUGCGAUGCCACGAAAUUACGAAUGGCAACGUUAGAAUCAGCUCUGAGCCUGUUCACGCCUCACCGAUAUGGUUUCCUUGCGAAAGCAGCGCAUGCACCCACCUCCCUUCUCUUCUCUUCCAACCCCUCUUUCAGAACCCCAACACUACGCUUCCACUUAUGCUCCGCUUUGCAAGAGCUGCCCACACCAACCCUUCAACCCACAGACAACGUCAAGAAGCUCUACGUCGUUAACUUAUCUUGGUCUCUCUCCGCACCAGACAUCAAGGACCUCUUUGCCCAAUGCGGAACCGUAACCGACGUCGAGAUAAUAAAGAACAAAGAUGGGAGGAGCAAGGGCUAUGCCUUCGUUACUAUGGCUUCCGGGGAAGAGGCUCAGGCUGCUGUUGAUAAAUUUGACUCUUAUGAAUUAUCAGGACGGAUAAUAAGGGUAGAGCUUGCAAAGAGAUUCAAGAAACCUCCUCCUCCUCCGCCUCCUCCAGGUCCCCGUACUGGAGAGACGCGCCAUAUAGUUUAUGCAUCCAACCUUGCAUGGAAAGCAAGAUCUACCCAUCUCAGACAAGUCUUCACUGAAAAUUUCAAAACACCAGUUUCAGCCAGGGUUGUAUUUGACAGCCCUACUGGUCGAUCUGCUGGGUAUGGAUUUGUUUCUUUUCUUACCAAAGAGGAUGCAGAGGCUGCCAUUUCUACUGUGGACGGGAAGGAGUUAAUGGGACGACCGCUUCGCCUAAAAUUCAGUGAAAAGAAAGAUAAAGAAGCUGGAAAUGAAAAAGAUGAAGACAAAGUUAAUGAUGCUGGAAGUGAAGAUGAAAGCCAAGGUUCUGAUGCUCAACCGGAAGAAUCAUAAGUUUUAGAUGUUCAUUUACUGAUCUUUGUUCGUGGUAUGGGAUUGAGAGGAAAUCUAUACGAGCUGGAAUUAUACCGCAUGUAUAAAAAACUCUGAUGGAUGAUUUUUUGCAUUCACAAUAUUUUUGACUAUGAUCGACUUUACUAUAGCUUUAAAACGUGGCUGAAAAUUUAGGAAACAUUUCCAUAUAAUUUUUCUUAUAAAUCUUGUCUCUGAAUAUUAUCACCCCAAUUUUUAAAGAUA